UGCGGUCUCCCAGAGCUGAUGUGUACUGUGUGCGCCAGUGACGCUCCCUCGGCAGCGCGGGAGUAAAGUUGGUUGAUUUGGUGCCUAGCCUGGAUGUCUGGGUUGCACGUCUUGGUGUGGUGGCGCUCCACAAAAUUUCCAGCUGGAGAAUACCCGUUGAACUGGCUCUUCUCAGGGGCAUUUUAAAAAUGGAUGAAAAGAAGUUGGAAACAAACUCACAACAGCGGAAAUUUCCUGAAUGGAUGUCAGUGCAGAAUAAGAAACGUGCUGUAGAAGAAAGAAAGGCAUGUAUUCAGAAGAGUGUUUUUGAAGAUGACCUCCCCUUCUUAGAAUUCACAGGAUCUAUUGUGUAUAGCUAUGAAGCCAGUGAUUGCUCUUUCCUGUCGGAAGAUAUUUGCAUGAAUCUGUCUGAUGGAGAUGUGAUAGGAUUUGAUAUGGAAUGGCCACCAGUGUACAAUAAAGGGAAACUAAGCAGAGUUGCACUAAUUCAAUUGUGUGUAUCUGAGAGCAAAUGUUACUUGUUUCACAUUUCUUCUAUGGCAGUUUUUCCCCAGGGAUUAAAAAUGCUGCUUGAAAAUAAAGCAAUUAAAAAGGCAGGUGUAGGAAUUGAAGGAGAUCAGUGGAAACUUCUACGUGACUUUGACAUCAAAUUGAAGAGUUUUGUGGAGUUGACAGAUGUUGCCAAUGAAAAGCUGAAAUGUAUAGAGACCUGGAGCCUCAAUGGUCUGGUUAAACACCUCUUUGGUAAACAACUUCUGAAAGACAAGUCUAUCCGCUGUAGCAAUUGGAGUAAUUUUCCUCUCACUGAGGACCAGAAACUAUAUGCAGCCACUGAUGCUUAUGCUGGUCUCAUUAUUUAUCAAAAAUUAGACAUUUUGGGUAAUGCUGUGCACAUGUUUGCUAUAAAUAAAGAGGAGAAAAUCCUACCUGGUGGAAUGAAGAAACAGUUGAUUUCAAUAUCUGAGGACAUGAUGGAUCUGGUUAAACAUUUUCCUGACAGUUGCAGAAAAUUGGAAAAUUCACAGAGGGUUUCUAUAAUUUUGAAGAAUAUUUCAGAAAAUCUGUGUUCACUGAGGAAGAUGAUAUUUGGUUCUACUAACACUGAGACUGAAUUGAAGCCCAGCAAUAAUUUUAAUUUAUUAUCAUUGGAGGAUUCAACUGUUGGUAGAGAACAACAGAAACAAAUUAGAGAACAUAAAAUUUUAACUAAAGUUAAAGAUGAGCCAUGGGAUAUAGCACUUGAUAAUUUAGUUAAACAUGAUGGAGAAGAUGUACUUGGAAAUGAAGUAAAGCAAGAAGAUGGAUUUAAAGAUGUAAUAGAAGACAAUAAAUUAAAAGAAAACAUGGAAAGAACUUGUUUGAUGUCAUUAGAUAUUACGGAUCAUGAACUCAAAAUUUUGGAACAGCAGGCUCAGGAAAAAUCUCCUCUUAAAGAUGUUUCUUACCUAUCUGCUGAGCAUUUAUCUCCCAAUGAUAAUGAAAAAGAUUCAUCUUAUGUAAUUGAAAGUGAUGAAGAUUUAGAAAUGGAGAUGCUUAAGUCUUUAGAAAACCUAAAUAGUGGCAUGGUAGAACCAAUUCAUUCUAAAUGCUUAGAAAUGGAAAGAAAUCUGAGAAUUCCUACUGAAGAAGAAGAUGAAGAUAAAAAUGAAGUUAUUGAAGAGGAAGAAGAAAAGGAUCUUUUACUGCCAGAACCCCAUGCAAAGCAUAUUAUUUGCCUCAAGACCUACUUUGGCCAUAACAGUUUUAAACCGGUUCAGUGGAAAGUUAUUCAUUCUGUAUUGGAAGAAAGAAGAGAUAAUGUUGUUGUCAUGGCAACUGGAUACGGAAAAAGUUUGUGUUUCCAGUACCCACCUGUUUACAUAGGCAAGAUUGGCAUUGUCAUCUCACCUCUUAUUUCUUUGAUGGAAGACCAAGUGCUCCAGCUGGAAAUGUCCAACAUUCCAGCCUGUUUUCUUGGAUCAGCACAAUCAAAAAAUGUUCUUGAAGAUAUUAAAUUAGGAAAAUAUCAGAUUGUAUACAUGACUCCAGAAUUCUGUUCAGGUAAUUUGAACCUACUCCAGCAACUUGAGGCAAAUAUUGGUAUCACACUUAUUGCUGUGGAUGAGGCUCAUUGUAUUUCUGAGUGGGGGCAUGAUUUUAGAAGUUCAUUUAGGAUGUUGAGCUCACUAAAGGCAACUCUCCCAAUGGUUCCAAUCGUUGCCCUCACUGCUACUGCAAGUUCUUCAAUUCGGGAAGACAUUGUACGUUGCUUAAAACUGAACAAUCCUCAGAUUACCUGUACUAGUUUUGAUCGGCCAAAUCUAUAUUUAGAAGUUGGACAAAAAACAGGGAAUAUCCUUCAAGAUCUAAAACCAUUUCUUGUCAAAAAGACAAGUUCUGAUUGGGAAUUUGAAGGUCCAACUAUCAUCUAUUGUCCUUCCAGAAAAAUGACAGAACAAGUUACUGCUGAACUUAAGAAACUGAAGUUAGCCUGUGGAACAUACCAUGCAGGCAUGAGUUUUAAUAUAAGGAGAGAUGUUCACCAUAGGUUCAUGAGAGAUGAAAUUCAGUGUGUCAUAGCUACUAUAGCUUUUGGAAUGGGCAUUAAUAAAGCUGACAUUCGCAGAGUCAUUCAUUAUGGUGCUCCUAAGGAAAUGGAAUCAUAUUACCAGGAAAUUGGUAGAGCUGGCCGUGAUGGACUUCAAAGUUCUUGUCACAUACUCUGGGCUCCAGCAGACUUUAACUUAAAUAGGAACUGCCUUACUGAGAUACGUAAUGAAAAGUUUCGAUUAUACAAAUUAAAGAUGAUGGCAAAAAUGGAAAAAUAUCUUCAUUCCAGGAGAUGUAGGCGACAAAUCAUCUUGUCUCAUUUUGAAGACAAACAACUAAGAAAGGCCUCCAUGGGUAUUAUGGGAACUGAAAAAUGCUGUGAUAAUUGCAGAUCCAGAUUGAAUCAUGGUGAUUCUAGUAAUGACUCAGAUGAUACAUCACAGGACUUUGGUCCACAAGCAUUCCAGCUCUUAUCUGCUGUGGGCAUCUUAGAGGAAAAGUUUGGAAUUGGGGUUCCAAUUUUAUUUCUCCGAGGAUCUAGUUCUCAGCGUAUUGCAGAUAAAUAUCGUAGUCACAGUUUUUUUGGCACUGGUAAGGAUCAAACAGAAAGUUGGUGGAAGGCCUUUUCCCGUCACCUCAUAACUGAAGGAUUUUUGGUAGAAGUUCCCGGGCAUAACAAAUUUGCAAAGAUUUGCACCCUUACGAAAAAGGGUAGAAAUUGGCUUGAUAAAGCCAAUACAGAAUCUCCUCAGAGUCUUAUCCUUCAAGCUAAUGAAGAGUUGUGUCCAAGGAAGUUUCUUCUGCCAAGUUCUAAGACUGUAUCUUUAGGCACUGAACAGCAUUCUUCUAAUCAAAUACCAAUUGAAUUAACUGCAGAGAAGCAGUCUGACUUGGAGAGGACGUCUUCUUCCAAAGCACUUGCUAACAUUUCUUCUGGGAGUAACAUUCCUAAAAAAAGUAUCAUGGUGCAGUCAUCAGAAAAAUCUUACAGUUUCUCAGAUCCUGUUCUUUUGGCCCAAGAGCAACAGUCUGAGGUUAUGUUAUAUUGCAAAUUGGUAGAAGCUAGACAGAGACAUGCCAAUGUCAUGGAUGUUCCUCCAGCUAUUUUGGCAACAAAUAAGAUACUGUUGGAUAUGGCUAAAAUGAGACCAACGACAGUUGAAAAUGUAAAACAGAUCGAUGGUGUUUCUGAAGGCAAAGCUACUAUGCUGGCUCCUCUGUUGGAAGUCAUCAAACAGUUCUGCAUAGUAAAUAGUAUUCAGGCAGACCUCUUUUCAAGUAUAACACCCCAAGAACAGAAGAAGAGUCUGGAAGUGAAAAAUAAAAAAUGCUCACUCUCACAGUCUGUGGCCUGCACAUAUUCUUUAUUCCAAGAAAAGAAAAUGUCUUUGAUUAGCAUAGCUGAGAAGAGAAUUCUGCCUCUCACAGCAGUUGGCAUGCACUUAGCCCAAGCAGUGAAAGCUGGCUACCCGCUGGAUAUGGAGCGAGCAGGCCUGACUCCAGAGGUUCAGAAGAUUGUUGUUGAUGUUAUCCGAAACCCUCCCGUCAACUCAGAUAUGAAUGAAAUUAAAUUAAUUAGAAUGUUAGUUCCAGAAAACAUUGACACAUACCUUAUCCACAUGGCAAUUGAGAUUCUUGAAAACAAUCAUGAUAGCAGUCUGUUAUGCCCACCUUCAUGUGAUUCCAACAAAAAGAGAUGUCUUCCCAACUCUGAAGAAAGCUGUUUAAGUUCUAAGAGAAGCAAGGAAGAAGUUGUGGGAACACAUUCUGGCAAUUUUCCAAUGAAAGACAGAGAUCAUGGAAAUUCCCUAAGACUAACUUCUUGGAGUCAGCCAUCCAGCCAUCCAGAAAAAGAACAUUUAUUCUUAGAUUUUCAUUCACAGACUUCAUCAUCAGGAACCUCAAAGAGAAAACUACCUGAGUGGUUUGCCAAAAGAAGUGAAACAUUGGCUGCCACCAGCAACAAAACAAUGACCAAAACAAAAAAGGAAGGUCUUUUUAGUUAAGUUGGCAAUUAUUAGAAUGAGUUUUUAUGACUUAUUAUAUUAUUAUAAGAGGAGAGAGAGCUAUAUUUUAUUUUUGAAAAAGAAUGAGGAGUAAUAGUUUAGCUUAAAAAUUAUUCUAAUCCCAAAGUCAAACUCACCUGUAUAUUGAAGGACUGGCAUCUUAAAUUUUCACAAUUCAGAUAAAGUAUUUGGGUCUUCUGAGAAUUUAAGUGACUAUAUUAUAAAAUAGAAUAUUAAAUUAGAUUUUCUUUUAAGAUUGCUUUUGGAAACUGUGUUGCUGUCCUGUUUUUUAAUUUCUUUUUUUUAUAAUAAUAUCUUUGGAAAAUGUAAUGUGUGAUGAUUUAAUUUGUAGAACAGAUUAAUAGUUGUAUAGUGAUUAGGUGAUAUAAAAUAUUCUUAGUUUACCAAAAAUCUGUCUUGCAAGUGUAAGGAAGCAUAGUUAUUUCAUAAAUUGUCUUUCUUACCUUUCAUGGAAGCUUUUGUGUGCAUUAUAGAUGGUAUUAGUUGACCAGACCAGUGAAAAUGAAACGAUAUUUUGAAAUAAAAAAAAGAAAAAAGAAAAAAAGAAUCUAGUUGCAUUAGGAAGCUAUGCACUUUGUAUUUUCUAGUUUCUGUUAUUUUUCAAAUAAUAAAAUAAUUCCUUCAUAUUGAUUAUUAUAAAGAUAUAUACAUAUAUAACUUGCAUUUACUUAAUUACUCCAAGUACCUUUUUUUAUUUGAGAAUGUCAGCAUUGGAUUUAAUAUCUCUUAUAUAGUACAAAUGAAUAUUUGAAGCUCAUACUCUGACAGUUUGGUAAACCAUGAUUAUAUAACUUUAAACAAUUCAUCAUACAAUUUAUAAAUACAUUCCAGAACCUUAAUUGCCUCCUAUCCCCCCAGUACUAGGGAUUGAACCUACGGGCAUUCAACCAUCGAGCUUCAUCCCUAGAUCUUUUUAUUUUUUAUUUUAAAAUGAGGUCUCACUAAGUUGCCCAUGCUGGCCUUUAUCCUUCUGCCUCAGCCUCCUGAGAGAUGGGAUUACAGGUAUGUAUCAUCAUACCUAGCUGAUUGACUUUUUUGUUAAUAAAAAUAGCCAUUGUUAAUAAAUAUAUGAGAAGAAAUAUAUGUGUAUUAUAAAAGAAUUAGAAAAUCCAGAUAGUAGAAAAAAGAAGACAAUAAAAAUCACCCUUAGUUCUACUAAAUAGAUAAUCAUAGUUAACCCCCUUUGUAUAUCUUGCUAGACCUUCUCAUAUUUACUCCUUUUCUUAAUUGGUUAUAUAAAUAAUACAUGAAUGAAUUUUAAUUGUAAAACACUCUACUUAAAAAUUAAAUGUUUUCUAUGUUAUCAUUUUCUCACAUCUCAUUGCCAGAAGGAACCACCUAUUAAAUAUGUCAUUCAUAGUUUUCUAGUUACUUCUACAUUUCCAUGCCUUUGCAUUCUGUGUGAUGAAGUGGCAAGUACACAUAAAACAUUCUUGCUUCAUGUCAAAGUAUGAUGGUCAUCUCCAGGAAUUUGAUUUUGUUUGAUUGUUUGAGUUGUGAAUUGACUUGGCAAAGUAUGUUUCAUGGAAUAUAAUUUUUACCAAAAAAAAUAAAAUAAAAUGACAGAAAACUUGGUUAUUCAGCAACAGUUUCUCAAGAUUGAAUGAUGUCAGCUUCUUGCUUCAAGGAAAAUAACCAAGAGAUUUGUUACCAAUGAUAAAAUUUGAAAUUCCUAGUAAAAUUUAUAAUUUUGGAAAACUUGUAUCCUUUACCAAGAACUUGUCACCUGCCUUAAAGACUUAUCUAAUGAGAUGGAUAAUAGUUUUAAAAUUUGAUUCUGAUAUUAAAGAUUUUAUAUAUGUUUAAAAGA